GAAGCAGGCUCCAUGCAAAGAGCCCAAUAUUGGACUUGAUCCCGGGAUCAAGCCCUGAGCCGAAGGCAGACGCUCAACCGCUGAGCCACCCAGGGAUUCCUCUUCCAAAAUGUUUCAUUCUCUUUUUAAGGUAAAGAAUUGAAAGUAAUGGAGCUGGGUCAAAAAGGAUCUUUUGACAUUUGGAUUUCAGUUGCCAAAACGUCCUCUGAUUUGCAGGGAGACCAGGAGGAAGCUCGUGCAUCAGCUCUGGUGCGAUAGUGGCAACGGUGAUGGCGAAGAGAAUCCAGACUCGGGAGAUCUAUCCCCCCUAGGCCUAUCCUUAGUGGACUGGCAUAUUCCUACCCUUUUUCCUCUCUUUCACUUCUUUUUCUUAACAUGGAGGAUGAACCAAGAACUGCAUCUCCCAGCAUUUCACAGGCACCACACCCCCUGGGAACUGUAGUACCGCGUCUGAGAAGGGUCCGGAAGGAGGGCGGGAGACUGUGGGGCAUGCUGGGAAAUGUGGUCCAGCUGCGGGGGGGCGGCGGCGGUCGCGGUGUGCGUGUAAAGAGGCUGGAGACGCCGCAAACAUCGCUACUUGGAGAAGAGGGCACGGGGCGACCUCACCUUCCUCUCAAGCGGUCUUUGAGUCGAUAAAAGCGGACGGCGGAUGGUGGACUUCGCUACAUCGUCCGUAACCGGGGAGCGUUUGGCCCCUCCACAGAAGGCGCGAGGCUGGCAGCGUAGGCCGCGCAGGCCACGCGCGGGCCGGAGCAAGGCAGGCCGGGAGUUGUGGUCCCGGCGCGCUGAGGCUGUGGGACGUGUCGCGGCGCCGCGCAGGCUCCUCCUUCCCCGCCCUUCUUAGCGGUCCCCCGCCCCCUCCCUCCGCCUCCUCCUCCCUCGCCCGCAGCCGAACGUCCCCUCCCCCCACCCGUCGGGCUCUCGGUCGGCUACUGCAGAGGAUUCAGAGCCGAGUCUGAGGAGGAGGCUCCGGUUCCCUGCGCGCCAUCCGCCACCUUACUGGACACGGGCGAGGGAGCGAGAGCGUCGCCGCUGUAGCCUCCAGAGAAGACAAGGGCAUCGCCGCCUCCGCCGUCGUUUUCGCCUGCAGCGGCUAGCCGGUUUUUGUGUGGACAAGAUUUUCAGCUUCGUUGGAUAAAUACUAAGGAGCAUGAUUGCUGGAUCACAUGGAUCCUCAGUCUUCCACAAUGAACCCUGUUUAUAGCCCCGUGCAGCCUGGGGCUCCUUAUGGCAACCCUAAGAACAUGGCCUACACAGGUUACCCUACAGCCUACCCGGCAGCAGCCCCUGCCUACAAUCCCAGCCUGUACCCCACCAAUAGCCCCAGUUAUGCUCCAGAGUUUCAGUUCCUGCAUUCAGCUUAUGCAACUCUGCUGAUGAAACAGGCUUGGCCACAGAACUCGUCUUCCUGUGGUACUGAAGGCACCUUCCACCUCCCAGUGGACACCGGGACCGAGAACCGAACUUACCAAGCAUCCUCUGCGGCUUUCAGAUAUACUGCGGGGACACCAUACAAGGUCCCACCGACCCAGAGUAAUACUGCUCCGCCCCCCUACUCCCCAUCACCCAACCCCUAUCAGACGGCCAUGUAUCCAAUCAGAAGUGCCUACCCCCAGCAGAAUCUGUAUGCCCAGGGAGCCUACUAUACACAGCCAGUGUACGCUGCCCAGCCCCAUGUCAUCCACCACACCACGGUUGUCCAGCCCAACAGCAUUCCCUCUGCCAUCUACCCGGCGCCUGUUGCUGCCCCCAGGACCAAUGGUGUGGCCAUGGGUAUGGUGGCUGGCACCACCAUGGCAAUGUCAGCAGGUACCCUGCUGACUGCACCCCAGCAUACUGCGAUUGGGGCACACCCUGUCUCCAUGCCAACAUACAGGGCCCAAGGGACCCCUGCGUACAGCUAUGUGCCCCCGCACUGGUAAAGCCUGCAGCCUGUCCAAAUCUGGAGUCACACAUUGUAUGCAACUACUCAAGUCUUACACAGGUGCUGGAGCAGUUCCCUAGCAGCACCACCUCUAUUUGCAAGAAGAGACAACGGAAGUGCAAGGGUCACUUUAUGCAUCUUUAACGGUUUUGGUUUUUAUUUUUGGUUUUUGUAAAAGCUGCUUUUUCUAAUCUCCUGCCUCUCCAAACUGUCCCCUUCUUUGCCGCUACCCUUCAAGCUCUAUCCCCUCCUCCUGACCAGGCACAUCCUCUCUGCUCUUCUCUCCUUCCCCAAGUGUCUGGUCCCUGGGGACCCCAGUCUAGCGGCAGGCAGAGAGUGGGGUUUAUUGCAAUGGUUCAGCUGAAGGUGUGUUUUCCUUUGAAGAGCAUAACACAUGUGGCCUUCGGGUCCAGGGUAGAAACUCAGAGCUGUUGAACAAGUUACAUCUCUGGGGGGAUCAUUUAUUUUUCCUAAGCAAGAUUAGUUUAGGACAUUACCAUGUCCUGACACAAAGGAAAUGUCUUCUGAGAACCAUCGCAACAGACCAAGAACAGAACCACCUGAUUAGGUAGGAGUGUUCAUAGCAGCUUAAUACCCCAAGUGAGAACCUGGGAAAAUCAGAUUCUUUCUUUGGGAGAAC